UCCUUCGAAUUUCUCAAUUGCUUUUAGACAAUUUCUUCUUUGCUUGAAAAUUUCUUGAUUGGAUUGAUAUUUGGUUGCUUGAGUUUUGAUUUUUUAUUUUUCAAUGAUUUUUUUAAUGUUUAGAAUCGUCUUCUCAUGAUCCGAUUUUGGUUUUUUUUUUUUUAGUUCAGGCAGAUCAACAUGAAUUUAGGGUUUUGAUGAUUUGGGUAAGAAUAAAGAAAUAAUUAGGCAGAUCUUCUUAUCUCGAAUUUUUAGAUGAUCACGGGAUUGCGUCGCUGUACAUCUCGAUCCGUGCUGUUGUCUUGACUCUUGACAUCCAUCUGGUUCUCUGAUAACACUUGUAGAGGAUACGAUCCUUCAUCCGGUUAGGUUAGAAUUUAGAUAUUUGCUGUUGAGUUGAAGCCCUAAUCUCACCAAUGGGUGCUCCCAAGCAAAGAUGGACACCAGAGGAAGAAGCUGCUCUCAAAGCUGGAGUACGUAAGCAUGGGGUUGGCAAAUGGCGCACAAUUUUAAAAGAUCCUGAAUUUAAUGGUGUAUUAUGCAUGCGAUCUAAUGUUGACCUCAAGGACAAGUGGCGGAAUAUUAAUGUAACUGCAUAUGGAUGGGGAUCUCGAGGAAAGGCCAGGGCAGCUUUGAAAAAGAGCCGACAGAUCUCCAGGCAUGAUGGUGCACUAGUGUCUGUUGGAACCACGGUCGAGGAUACAGACACAGAAAUUAUUGACGCCAAGCCUCUUACCAUGUCUAGUGAACCACAUCAAACUACUGGUCAGAAGAGGUCUCUGUUCAGGCUAGACACUCUGAUACUGGAAGCUGUAACAAAUUUGAAGGAGCCCGCUGGGUCUGACAAGGCAGCUAUUGCCAUGUAUAUAGAGGCCAUAUACUACCUUUUUACUGCAGUUGUAUAUGCAUUCAUGUUAUUUGGUACUUGGCUCAACUUAUUUGAGGAAUGGUAUGUAUCGAUCAGUAUUUACCUAUACCGGCAUGAACAUACAUGUAGACCAUCAAUUGUGGGCUGUCCAUAUAAGGUACAGGACUUACUAUCCUGUAAACAUUGUGAACCGGUGGAUCGGUAUUGGCCUCCCACAGAUUUUAAACAGUUGUUAUCAGCAAAAUUGAAGGCUUUAACUUCAAGUGGGAGAUUGGUCAAGGUGAAGCGCAAGUAUAGUACACCAUCAAGUUCAGCUUUUUCAGAAGAAAAAAGCUCCAAGCUUUUGCUUCUUGAGGGAAGACAAAGGGAAUCAAGGGUUGAUAUCAAGCCCCUCUUAAAAUCUCAAGUAGAUGCUGAAUUAGCACGAACACAAAGUAUGACUGCUCAGGAAGCUGCAGCUCUUGCUGCUAAAGCAGUUGCCGAGGCAGAAGCUGCAAUUGCAGAAGCCGAAGAAGCGGCGAGAGAGGCAGAAGCUGCUGAAGCUGAUGCAGAAGCAGCUCAAGCUUUCGCUGAGGCAGCAAUGUUGACACUGAGAAAUAAAAAUGCUACUAAACUGAUGAUUCAAGUCUGACAAGGGCGACUCAGCUUUUUACUGCAUGCAACUUUGCAAUACAUACCUCAUGGCGGGUUUGUCAUACAUGUAGAUAUAUGUUCAGGUUUUGUAUAGCUUAUAUUGUGAAGAUCUUCCAUAAUGUUCAUGAAUUAUGAACCUGGUCACUUUGUUUGUUUGGAUGGUCGACCUGGGAGAUUGCUUUAUCUUCAAUCUUCCACAUUAUUGUUUCAUAGAACAAUUUCUGGUUGGCAUGCUAUAUAAAGUAGCAAAUGGGGGGCUGUUUCGGCAGCUUGAGUUUGUUUUGUUUA